UAUCUAUGCGGCCACCACCUGAGAAAUAUGUCAACAAUACAAGUCAAAGUUCAAUGUUUGUCAAAAAUUGAAGAAAAAUGUUUGUUCUGGUUUAAAUAAUGUUAAGUGCUUUGUCGAAUUUGUUACCGAAUCCAGUACUGCAAGGUAUUACUGCGGCUUAUUUCAAAGUUGCUGCCUUACGAAAUAUUGGUUUUAGGGGAACUCACAGUAAUAGCAUUUCGGUUGCUUUUUCAAAAAUGCGGGUUACAGUACUACCUGCCUUGUCUGAUAAUUAUAUGUAUUUGAUUACUGAUGAAGCCACUAAUCAAGCAGCAAUUGUAGACCCCGUAGCACCAGAUACAGUAUUGGAAGCAGUGCAAAAAGAAGGAGUUCAACUUACUAAAGUUUUGACUACACAUCAUCAUUGGGACCAUGCAGGAGGAAAUGAAGAACUGGUUAAAAAAGCGGGCAGUUCGCUGGAUGUAUACGGAGGAGAUUCUCGAAUUGGAGCACUCACUAAACAGGUCAAAGAUGGCGAUACUUUUAAAAUAGGAAAUAUCGAUGUUGAAUGCCUAUUUACUCCAUGCCACACAACUGGCCAUAUCUGUUACUAUUUGAAAGAUCCCAAAGGAAAAUCGGCUGUUUUUACUGGGGAUACUCUAUUUGUUGCCGGUUGUGGUCGAUUUUUUGAAGGAACGGCACAGCAAAUGUACACAGCGUUAGUGGAAAAACUGUCAAAAUUACCCGAUGAUACGUUGGUGUUUUGCGGACAUGAAUACACCCAACAAAAUUUGAAGUUUGCAAAAUUUGUUGAAGCCGAAAACAGAGAUAUUAUGAAAGCUAUUGCGGAUGCUGACGAAAAGAGGCAAAAGGGUAUACCAACUGUUCCCUCAACUAUUUUACAAGAAAAGAAAAUUAAUCCUUUUAUGAGAGUUAUGAUGGGAAGUGUGCAAAGACACGCUAGUUGUAUCGAUGCCGUAUCUACAAUGCAAGCUAUUAGAAAGGAGAAAGAUACUUUCAAAGCAUAAAACAUUAAUUUUUUUGUGAUUAUCAGUGUAAAUAUAUUUUUUUACUAUGUUGUGGUCAA